AUGUCCCAAUCUCGAGAAUGGGACGGGUUUCUUCGAGAAUACAAGUUGGUAGUGGUUGGUGGUGGCGGUGUUGGCAAAUCCUGCUUGACCAUCCAAUUGAUCCAGAGUCACUUUGUUGAUGAAUACGAUCCAACAAUCGAAGAUUCUUACCGGAAGCAAUGUGUUAUCGACGAUGAGGUGGCAUUGCUCGACGUCCUCGACACAGCCGGACAGGAGGAAUACUCAGCAAUGCGAGAACAAUACAUGCGCACAGGCGAAGGCUUCUUGCUGGUCUACUCCAUCACUUCUAGACAAUCGUUCGAGGAAAUAAUGACUUAUCAGCAACAAAUAUUGCGAGUCAAGGACAAGGACUACUUCCCCAUCAUCGUUGUUGGCAAUAAAUGCGACUUGGAGAAGGAACGUGUGGUAUCUCAGCAAGAGGGUGAAGCAUUGGCCCGGGACUUUGGAUGCAAGUUUAUCGAAACCUCUGCAAAAUCACGUAUCAAUGUUGACAACGCUUUCUACGAUAUUGUACGGGAAAUCCGUCGCUAUAAUAAAGAGAUGUCCUCGUAUUCAUCUGGGGGCGGUGGCUUUGGCUCUCGAGCCCCUGAAAAAAUGGAUGUAGAGGACCGUGAACAUGGCAGUACUUGUUGCGGAAAAUGCGUCAUCAUGUAG